GUUCGGUUUGUAGGCGUGUUCUUUUUGAACACGACUUGUUGACGCCGUAACGAUUUUGAUUGUAAUAUUGCAUGAACUCAUGAUCGAUAGAUAUAUUUCACGCCGACAUUUAUUUACUGCGAGUCACAUAUAUUUGUGAUUGAACGCUCCGACCAGUCCCUUUUAAAGGACAACUCCGGACAUGCCAGGUAACCGUUCACAAAGAUAGCACACCUACUUUAUUCAAAACCGACUUUGACUUUGCGCAGUCAGUUCAGAAAAGAACCUCAUCAACGUAACGAUACGUUUAUUUCCCAACCGUCAUUGUAGUUUUGAACGGAUUGACAUAACGCCGACUCAACUGAUCAUCACCUGCAGCAUGGCUAACUUAGGGGUUUUAGCAACAGUUUGUGUUCUGGCCGUUAUGACUGAUCAAGUGAAUGGUCAGUGUCCCCAAGCAACCAAAUGUUUCAACGACCUGGGUAUUGAAACAAACCCUGCCGCCGGUCUGGCUGUUGACAUACAGAAUAUUUGUAGUGAGUCGGACCAGGUAUUGCAUUGCUAUGAUGUUCUUUUGCAAUGUGCAUCAAUCACCCCGGCAAUAACUGUGCUUCCAACAAACCAGCAAAUGCAAAAGGCUCUUCAAACUCUGUGUCAAAACAAAACUGAGCUGGUAAACGGAUUUAACUGCCUUGCCCGACAACAAGCAUAUCCUACAGAGACAUCAAACUGCGCUAACCAGCUCCAGACAAGUAAUGCCGGUUUGACGCCUGCGCAACAGAAAGACAUCAAAGGAUCGUAUUGCAGUUUGAUGGGGUCAUUUUUUGACUGUUUCACGUCGAUGUCCUCUAUUCGAAGUUGUGGCAACGACUUUAGAAACAUUCUUGUUGUCUUUGAAAAGCAACUCCUGCCAACAGAUUGUCCCACACGUUCUGGCAGUCCGAGGUUAGACUCUUGGCUGUUUCUCGGAGUCAUUGCCGCUCUGGUCGCAUCGGGUUUUAAAAGGCUCUAAAUGGCCCACCUGACCAUGAACCUGCAAUUACUUAAAAAAACGGAUUAAACAAUGAUUUUACUUGUGGAAGGACUUGUCACUCGAAUGUUUUGUCCUGUAUAAGAAAUGUGUAUAAGCAUACAUUGAUCAUAUCCUCUAUAUAAUAUAAUGUAAAAUCGUAAUUAUGUUUUGGAAUUCAAUAUUUGAAAAAUGAAAUAAAAUUAAGAAACUAAAAUUAUACUUUUGUUAGAUCAAGAUUUUUGAGGGACAAACUGGUUGUUUAUUUUCAGGUUUGAUAUUUGGAUUUCUUGAAUUAAAAUAUUUGAAAUAAAGAUGUUAUAUCACAGAAACUG